UUCACCUGCUCGGUUCGAAUUACCGGAAACCGAAAGUUCUGAGCUCUAUGCCAGUAUAGUAAACAGUUUUAGAAACGUAGUGCGGAAAUACUGAUCAAGUGUUCGAAACAAUGCAAAUGUUUUCUAUAUUUUGCCUGAUUUCGCAACUUUUGGCAAUCGUUCGAACGGAGUCGGGGGAAUUCGAGAAACUGCUGGUUCCCGAGAGCUAUGCAAAACGGCAAGCAAACAAUGAGACGGCAGGCCACUCGGUGGCCGCUCGCUCCUACUACGAUGUGGGCCAAUCCGCCGGACAGACAGCCUGCUCUGUGGGCACUGAGUGCACGCCGCUGCACGACUGCACCGCCCUGAUUUACGAGGUGGCCCGGAGUUGCUACUAUGGCGACAAGUCGCUCUACUGCGGCGGAGCCAGCGAGGAGCUGCCCUACGUCUGCUGCCCCAGCAGUCCGCUGGAGAAGAACCAGGUCUGCGGAAAAUCCCUGGUCCAGGGACACUUCUACAAGGGACUGGGAUCCUAUCCGUUUGUGGCACGCAUCGGUUUCAAGCAUGUUAAUACGGGUGCCUUUGCCUAUCCGUGUGCCGGGGCGGUGAUCGCUCGCAGGGUCAUCCUCACGGCGGCCCACUGUGCUUUGGCCAAGGCCGACGGACACCGACUGUCAUCGGUGCGUGUGGGCGAGUAUGACACCUCCAGCGAUCCGGACUGCGCCAACACCGGAUUCUGUGCCCCGCGGUCCGUCAACCACGCCAUCAGCCAUGUGAUCGUGCAUCCCGACUACAAACAGGGCCAGUACCACCAUGAUAUUGCUCUGUUGGUGCUGAAAACGCCACUAAACUAUUCGGUGGCUACACAACCCAUCUGCCUGCAGAAGACACGCGCCAACCUGGUGGUGGGAAAGCGAGCCACCAUCGCCGGAUGGGGCAAGAUGUCCACGUCGAGCAUCCGGCAGCCGGAGAUGUCGCACUUGGACGUCCCGCUGACCAGCUGGGACCUGUGUCUGCGCAACUACGGCUCCACGGGCGCAUUGGAGUCCCCGAACUCCAUCGAGGGCCAAUGGAUGUGCGCCGGCGGCGAAGGCAAGGACGUCUGUCAGGGAUUCGGUGGAGCGCCGCUUUUUGUGCAAGAAAACGGCAUAUUUUCACAGAUUGGCAUUAUGUCCUUCGGAUCGGAUAACUGCGGCGGCCUUCGCAUUCCGAGUGUCUACACCUCCGUGGCCCACUUUUCCGAGUGGAUACACGACAACACGCCGCCGGAGUAGGCUGAUUUAGUUAAGCUAAGCCACUAACCUUAAA